AUGGACCAGCUCAGCCAUAUGAACAGGAAGAUGAAGCUAAUGACGUAUGCCGCGAAUCCUUUGUAUUCCGCCUGGGACGUGAUGUUCGUCGAGACAGUCACGUCCGACUCUCUGGCCAAUGCGUCUGAGAUAAAUGCUAGAUUUUCGGAUGUGGAGUUGGCGGUGGCAUUGAUCAGGCUUGACGUCGAGUGGUUGGUGCUCAGAUUGUACAAGGACGGAAUCAGCGAGGUGAUUGAGGAAGUGGACAGGGAUAUCAUUCUAUUUGCUGCAAACGGAGACGAGCUAGCGUGCCUUGGAGGCGGCGGCACCAACAGUGCCUGA